AUGAAUUUUAAUUCUUGGCCACAAUUAGUUAUUAGUGGUUAUGGUUUAGAUGUUUUUGGAAAUGAUAUUGUUCGAGGUUAUGGAACAACUCAUAUACCAAUUAGUCCGGGACGGCAUCGUAUCCGAAUUCCACUUUUUGUUCCACGUUCAUCAUCUCGAUUUCAACAACUUUUAGCUUGGUUUUUCGGUCGUCGACCAGAAUUUAUUGAUCCAAAAGUUAUUGCAUUUAAUGCUGGAAGAGAAAGUAAAAUAAAUUAA